AUGGAUUAUGAUGAUAGUCAUCUCUACAACUUAAGUUCACUUCAACAAGAUGAAGAUCAACAAGAAAAUUUAUUAAAUAUAUCGAGCGCAAGUGCUGAUACAAUUAUUGCUGGAAAUUUAAAUAGGAAAGAAAAAUUAGAAAAACGACCAAUAGAUUAUUUUACACGGACUGAUGAUAAUGGAAAAGUUAAAUGUUCAAUAUGCUUAUAUGAAUAUAAAUAUGAUCCAUUUUCUGAUAGUAAUCUACGGAGUUAUCUUGGCUUCAAACAUGGUUUACAUAACUAUUUGUUUCCAUCUCAAAUAAAACAACAAGAAUGUCAUGAAAGAACGUCAACCAUUUCACCUCAUUUGAACCAACAAUUAGAUGCAGCAGCCAUCGAAUGCAUAGUGAAAGAUGGCUUAUUUUUUGGGACCUUCCGACGUGCUGGUAUGCAACAUUUUCUUGGAACUAUUCAACCUGGUUAUCGUGGUCCAACACGACAAACUGUCCGUAAACAUCUUGAUAAAUGUAUCAAGAACGACGUUCUUUAUUAA